AUGGAGGGUGCUGUCGAGGAGCUCUGCGAAGAGGCUACAUGUUCCAUCUGCCUGGAGUACUUCAUAGACCCAGUUACAAUCGAUUGCGGGCACAACUUCUGCCAAGCCUGCUUUGACCAGCUUUGGGAGGACCCCAACGUAGACUCUUCCUGCCCUCAGUGUCGAGAGAGGAUCAAGCAGAGGAACUUCAGGCCAAACCGUCAGCUGGCAAAUAUAGCCGAGAUCGUCAAGAACUUCCAGGAAAGGAAAGGAUUGAAGAGGAAGUGGGAAGAGCCCCAGAGGCAGCAGGAGCCCCCGAAAUUCUCCUGGAGGGAUGAUCAAGCACCAGUGGGUGCGGUUUGGGACAGCUUGCAUGCUCACCAGGGCAACGCUGCGUCUUCUAUAAGCAAGAUUUCCGUAAAAUAUAAGGCACAAUUAGAAGCAGAGAAGCAGAAAAUCAGAUCCGCCUUCCAGAGAAUGCAGGUAUUUCUCCGGGCGAAACAGCGUCUCUGGCUAGGUGAGCUGGGAGAUCUGGAGAAAAAGGUUUGGAAGAGGGGUGAAGGAAACUUUGCCGAACUCUCCGGGGAGCUUUCCCGACUCAGGAACCUGAUCGUGGCGAUGGAGGCGAGAAACCUGCAGCCGUCGUACGACGCCUUCCAGCCCGCAAAGGAAUCCCUCCAGGACAUCAGAAGAGCCUUAAUGAGAUGUGAGAAGAACGCAUCCGAGCACGAAUCAGACCUUUCUCACUGGUGGGGCGAGACGCUCAAAAUCGCCGCGGAGAAAAGCUCUGCGCUGGAAAAGGCUACGGAGAACUAUAAAGCUCCUCUGAUGCAAGACCUGAACAAAGUGAAUGUCACCCUCGAUCCGAACACCGCACAUCCUUGCCUUACCGUCUCCGAGGAUUUGAAGAGUUUCUUUGCUUUCACCUGCCCUGCACCAACCCCUUUGGACUUGGCGAGAGAUCCCCAGAAGAUCCGCGUGUCCCUGGAUUACGAAAGGGGUCAGGUGCAGUUUUCUGAUGCCGACACCGGAGAUUUGAUUUUCACCUACCACGCGGGGCCGUUCUCCGGGGAGAGGCUCCGGCCCUUUUUCCAAAGGGAGGCAGCCAUGGCAACCGGGGGUCCCACCACCACCACCACCACGUCAUUCUACGAUGAAGCAACCUGUCCCGUCUGCCUGGACUACUUCAAAGACCCAGUGACUGUAGACUGCGGGCACAACUUCUGCCAAGCCUGUAUCACCCAAUAUUUGGAGCAGUCCGAGGCAGACCCCUCCUGCCCGCAGUGCACAGAAAAGGUCAAGCCAAAUAACUUCAGCGCAAACCGGCAACUGGCAAACCUUGUCGUGCUUGUCAAGAAAGUUCAGGGAGAAAGACAAGUCAAGGGAAAGGGUGGGGUAUGCAAGAACCACGGGGAACCCCUGAAACUCUUCUGCACGGAUGACGAAGUCCCCAUCUGCGUGGUGUGCGACAGGUCCAACUUGCACAGAGGUCACAGGGUGUUUCCCGCUGAAGAGGCUUCUCACCAGUAUAAGGAGAGAAUUGGUGUCCAUGUGAAGUCUUUGAAGCAAGAGAGGAAAAGGCUUGUGGACCAGAAAUUAGCUAAAGAGCAGAAAAAGCAGAAAUGUCUGAAACAGUUAGAAACGGAGAAGCAGAAUAUCAUGUCUGCCUUUGAGAAAAUGCACGAGUUCCUCAUUCAGAAACAGGACCUCUGGCUGGACCACUUUGAAGACCUGACCAAAGAGCUGGAGAGGAAGCAGGACGAGAACCUUGCCAGAGUCUCCGAGGAGAUUUCCCGGCUCAGUGGGCUGAUUGCAGAGAUGGGAGGGAAGUGCCGGCAGCCCCCGAGCGAAUUCUUGCAGGACGUUAGCAAUACCAUCAGUAGGUGUGAAGAGAAUUUAGUAGAGCCUGUGGUGGACCUUCAUUCCUGGCUGGAAGCGCAUUUCAGAAUCGCCGUUCAGAAAAACACUGCUUUAGAGGAGGCCAUGGAGAAUUACAAAGAUACCCUGGAGCGAGCUCUGGACGCAAACAACUUGGAGCAAGCUGUCAACACAGUGAAUGUCGUUCUGGAUCCAAACACAGCCCACCCCUAUCUCAUUCUCUCUGCGGACCUGAAGAGUGUGCGAUGGGAACCGUCGUGGAAGGAGAGGGAGUGGAGGAAGAAGAACGUUUCCCAGCAUUCGGCCAGAUUUGACUGGGAGGUCUGUGUGCUCGGCCGCAAUCAGUUCAUUUCGGGGACGCAAUGGUGGACGGUGGAGGUGUUGGGAGAAGGAAGCUGGACCCUGGGGGUGGCGAGAGACUCGGUCGUGAGGAAAGGAUGCUUCAACGUCUGCCCUGACGAGGGCAUCUGGGCUCUGAGGAAGCCGUUCCGUGAAACGUACCUGCCCCGCGAAGUCUUGGCCUUAACUUCCCCUGAAACGACUCCGUUGAUGUUGACAAAGGAACCCAAGAGGAUUCUGGUGGCCCUGGACUAUCCGUUAGGCUGGGUAGGCUUCUUCGAUGCUGAUACCGACGAAUUCAUCUUUUCUUUCCACUCGGGGUCGUUCGCUGGGGAGAGGAUCAGGCCCUUUUUCCAGCUGCGGGAGAGGGGAUUCUCUCUGAAGUGCUGACUCUUGAAGGGGACCCCUAUCGCCCCGAAAAAACCCACCCAGAAAGGUGGUGACAC